UUAUUCCACAAAAAGAGAUGGACAUAUAUAUAUAUAUAUAUAUAUACACAUACACGUACACACACUACACACAAACACACAUACACACACGCAUAUACGUACACAUAUCGUACACAUAUAUCUCGUCGACAUACGCAUACACAUACCUACACACAUAUACACAUACACCCACAAACAUACACACACACGCAUAUACGUACACAUAUCGUACACAAAUAUCUCGUCGACAUACGCAUACACAUACCUACACACAUAUACACAUACAGCCACAAACAUACACACACAUACACGCAAACAAACGUUGUACCUGCAGGAAUUUGCUGUUUAAUAUUGCAGGAAUGA